AUGUGUAAACUCAAAGCGUUUUUCUUUGCCGCAGCCUUGGUGCUCGGGUUCUCUAUGUUCUCUUGCCGCGACAUUGACUCUGAGAUUGAUGAUGUAUUCCGCGGUGCUCUGACCAUCUUGCACGUGAUGGCGUCGCAGUCUGCCCAGGCAGUUCAUUAUCUGAAUAUAGUAACGAAGCUAGAGGCUGCUAUAGGCAAACAGCGCCACCAACUCGCUGCCCAAGCCCGACAGCGACGGGGUCAAUACGUCAAUCGGAUCUUUAACUUGAACGAGAGCUCGCCAAUACCGCGGACACAAAAUUGGGGGGGUGUGGAAGAAGAAACGAGAAAUGAGAACCCACUACUAUCGCAGACUGUCACAUCUUGCGCCAUGCUACAUUCGGACGAUGGCACAGCUCCUCCUGCCUCACCCCCUAUGAUUGGUGGGACUUUGUUUGAUCGGGAUGGUAUGGAUUUGCCAUAA